GCGGGGCGCGAUGCCGCCCGGAGGCUCUUGAGCCCCGGCCCGACGGCUUGCCAGCCCGGCGCCGGAAGUGAGCUGUUCGGAGGCGCACCCGGGAGCUGCCACGUCCGAGGCCCGGAGCCGCCACCGCCGCAGUCAUGGUGUCAGUAAUUAACACUGUGGACACCUCCCAUGAGGACAUGAUUCACGAUGCCCAGAUGGACUACUAUGGCACCCGCCUGGCAACCUGCUCAUCAGAUAGGUCUGUCAAAAUCUUCGACGUGCGCAAUGGAGGGCAGAUCCUCAUCGCCGACCUCAGGGGUCAUGAGGGUCCCGUGUGGCAAGUGGCCUGGGCCCACCCCAUGUACGGCAAUAUCCUGGCAUCCUGCUCCUAUGACCGGAAAGUCAUUAUCUGGAAAGAGGAAAACGGCACCUGGGAGAAGACCCACGAGCACUCAGGACACGACUCCUCAGUAAACUCUGUGUGCUGGUCCCCCCACGACUAUGGCCUGAUCCUGGCCUGUGGGAGCUCGGAUGGGGCCAUCUCCCUGCUGACCUACACCGGGGAAGGCCAGUGGGAAGUGAAGAAGAUCAACAACGCUCACGCUAUUGGCUGCAAUGCUGUCAGCUGGGCCCCUGCUGUUGUACCUGGAAGCCUCAUAGACCAGCCGUCAGGACAGAAACCCAAUUACAUCAAGAAGUUUGCAUCAGGUGGCUGUGACAACCUCAUCAAGCUGUGGAAGGAGGAGGAGGACGGCCAGUGGAAGGAGGAGCAGAAGCUGGAAGCGCACAGUGACUGGGUCCGAGACGUGGCCUGGGCCCCCUCCAUUGGCCUGCCCACCAGCACCAUCGCCAGCUGUUCCCAGGAUGGUCGUGUGUUUAUUUGGACCUGUGAUGAUGCCUCGGGCAAUACGUGGUCCCCCAAAUUGCUGCACAAGUUCAAUGACGUCGUGUGGCAUGUGAGCUGGUCCAUCACAGCCAACAUUCUGGCCGUCUCCGGCGGAGACAAUAAGGUGACCCUGUGGAAAGAGUCGGUUGACGGGCAGUGGGUGUGCAUCAGUGAUGUCAACAAGGGCCAGGGCUCCGUGUCAGCUUCAGUCACAGAAGGCCAGCAGAACGAGCAGUGACCAGAUGGUUGGGGCAUGGCUCCCCCACCCGCCAGCUCCAGGACUGCCCCUUCCUGGGCAACUGACUGAACAACUGGGAAGAGCUCCCAACUCCAACAAGAUUAUUUUCCCAGCAGUAGUUACAAGUGCGACCACAGGUUGAUCAUCUGCCUUAACAUGAUUUGAUAUGGUUUGUAAUUUACUGUCCAGUUGAAAGCAUUCAUGUUAUAAAGAAGAAACUACAAGUGAUCUUCAAAUCUAUUAUUUUAAAUAUUUUUGGCCAUUUUUAUGUACCUUUGGGUGCAGGCAUUAUUUGGGGGGGGUUUUGUUUCCAAAGUAAUUAAAUAAAGUCAUAUUGAUUUUAA